AUGCCGUACGUGGACCGUCUGAACCGCGUGUGUGGCUUCCUGGACAUUGAAGAGAAAGAGAACAGCAGCCGUUUCCAGAGGCGUUACUUUAUCCUGGACACACAGGGGAAUGCUUUGCUGUGGUACAUGGACAACCCUCAGAACCUGCCCAGUGGAGCAAGUUUUGUUGGCAGCCUAAGACUAACAUACAUUUCGAAGGUAAAUGAAGCUACAGGGAAGCAGAAGCCAAAGACAGAGUUCUGCUUUGUCAUCAACGCAGUAUCCCGAAGGUACUUCCUCCAAGCCAAUGAUGUGACAGACAUGAGGGACUGGGUCACUGCUCUCAACCAGGCUAGCAAGAUUACUGUCCCCAAGUCUGGUCCUGCACCUCCAAGAUCUGAUGUGGCCGCAUUUAUCAGUGACAUUUAUGGAGGGGGGAAGCAGCAGGCAUACAAAACUGAGAUCCACGGGGGUGUAGUGGUGCACACUCCCAUUCUGAAUGAGGGCAACAAGCCUGGUGUGCUGCGGUUCGGCUACUGUGUAAAACAAGGCAACGUUAGAAAAAGCUGGAAGAGACGCUUUUUUACCCUCGAUAACAAUGCAGUCAGUUACUACAAGUCUGAGAUGGACAAAGAGCCUCUGCGAGCCAUUCCCCUCAGGGACAUUCAGAAAGUUCAUGAAUGCCUCGUCAAGUCGGGAGAGCUCCUGCAGAGAGACAAUCUGUUUGAGAUCAUCACCGGAUCCCGAACAUUCUACAUACAAACUGACUCUCCAGAGGAUAUGCAUGGCUGGAUCAGGGACAUCGAGAUGAAGAUUCAAGACUUUCGAGGUCCUACCAAGGGAUUUUCAUUCAAACGAGGUUCAUCUCUCUAUCGAAGUCACAACGCUUCUGCAAGUCGAAGUCAUCAGACCGUCGAAAAGCGGCCUACUCUUGUCAAAUCGUGCUCUAUUGCACCGGGUUGGCAGCCGUGGACACCUAUCCCUGCAAAUGAGGCCUCUAUUUUGGAUGCGGAGGACAAUGACAAUGCUUUUAGCCCUGUUCCUACAAUGGCCUCGCUGUCUUCCUCUCCUAACUCUUCCUCCACGUCUUCCUCCUCCAACUCUCUCUCAACCCUAGCCUCAUACCCCAGCGUGCCCAGUAGUGGAUUGGGCAUCCUCACGGCCUCAGGAGACGUGGCAUGCGGGCGUCGGAGGCAUCGCUCGCAGCCUCAGCCUCACACGGGCUGCAUGUUCCCAUUCAGCUUGGAUGAUGACAACAUUCGUACCACUGAUGUCUAG